AUGUUUGCCAACGACGUAAACCUAGUGAACUCAGGGCCUGUAGAUCAAGUAGAAGGUGAUCUGGCUAACGUCGCCCGGUGGACUCAGAAUUGUGAGUUGGAGUUGAACGCUACCAUGUUUCAUGUUCUAAACACCCUAGGAUUGCCAGUUCAAGUGACUACGACCGCGGAACCGACGGUUUACGCUCAAGAAGACCAAAUGCCGGAUCUGGGAAUUUUGGUUUCCUUCACUUCAAUCUCAGUGAUCAACGCCUGGGCGUCGCAACAAAAAGCAAGAGGGCUACUGUUCUAG